CAACUGCGGAUAAGGCGGAUCAAAAGGUUGGUGUAGAAAAAGACCAAACUCAGAAACAACCUGAAGAAACUUCGGAACAAGAACCUGCCAAUGGUUUUGGCGAAGACGACUGUACUUGGGAAGCUGAGUCUAAUGUCUACGCGGAUGAUCUUGUUGAGGAAUAUUGGUCAAAGAAAAGAGAGGAGGAGGAAGUCGCAUCAACAUCAAAAUCGAAGGGAAGAAAGAGGGCCGCACAACCAUCAUCGCCUGUUAUGAAGCAAGAUUCUAAAAGACAACGUAGUUCAAAGAAAACAAAAUCGCCGAGAACUAAGAUGGAAGAAGAUGAGUUUGAUGAAGAUUGGGAAAAUCAGGUUGUUGCAGUUGAAACUGUCACACGUGAUGAUAAAAACGGUGAAUUAUUGGUAUAUCUAAAAUGGAAAAAUGGGGAAACAUCCAGACAUCCAGCAAAAGAUGCCAACGCAAGAUGUCCCCAGAAGUUGUUCUACAAUGUAUUUAUUGCCAACGAAUGUUCAGAAAGCCCUUCAACCGCAACCGAACAUACUUGUCCUGUGUGCAAUAUCAAGUGCGCUGCCGUCGAACUGAGCGAUCAACUUCCUCCAAACCUCAAUAUGUUUUUUCGACCUGCUCACGAAAUAAUGGAUGAAGCUGCUGAUGUUAUGAGGCAAACAAAUACAUUUUCACUAUUAAGAUUUUUGAAAGAUAAAGUGACAAAGCAAAAACAAAUGCUUGACAAAGCGAAAGACGAAUUGCUUCAAUAUAAAGAUAUAAAAAAUCAAUUACAAGCAAUUAAAAAAGAAAAUCAACGGUUAAAAGCUCAAAUACAAGAUGUUCGCUCAAGCAUAGCUGUAAAUGAGACGACGGAAUCCCCAUCAAAGCUGAAUUCUAGUUUACGAACUCGUAAAUUAUCCGGUGAUCGUCAUAGCAAUCAUAGUAAUCAUAUUUGUAAGCCAAGGACGCCAAAUCCACCCACGCGUUUGUCAUUACCAGAUAGUAGUUCACCUGUUCAACAUGGCUACUAUUAUAAUAAUAAUGGCAAUGGAUUUACACCAGAAAAUCAAUCAUUAUGGAAUAAAGGUGAAGAAUUUGAUGGUGGAGUAACUCCAAAUCAAAUAAAUCAUGAUAAGGGUUUUAUUGGUCAAUCAUCUAAUAAAACGUAUUCUACCUUCAUUGGUGAUGGUUACGAAAAAUAUUCUCAUCAAUCAACAAGGUUACAAUCAUUUCCUCGCCCCGGAACGGCUUCAGGUACACGUAUGACAUGGAAUCAGUUGCACAAUGAUGCUGGAUAUAUAACACGGCCUAGUACACCAAUUAUGAAUGGUUCUG